UUUGAAGCCUCGUGGGAUAUUUCGAGAUUGUAAAGUUCAAGGACGUUGCAUUUCCGGGUUGUUGGAGGGACUAAGUUAGAAGGAAGUUUCCAACUUUCGGACUACAUGCUUUCUCCCCCUGGUCUAUGAAGCAUGCUGUCCUUUGGCUUUGGUGAACACUCUUGUCCCUGAGCUUGACCACAGUUUUAGGUCGAAGAAACACUGCUGAGACGACUUCGCAGCCUAAGGCGACCUUGUCUGCGACCUUCAAGACAAGAGCUGUCGCGGAGGAGGGGCCGGGCGUUUUCCUGAGGUCAGCGGCUGGACAUUCCGGCGGUGCCAGGGCGUCACCCUGAGUUCCAGCGAGCCGACGCCACGGGGACUCGCGACCUCGGAGGGGGCCAGCUCUCAAGGUCAGAGGAGGAAGUCGCUGCUGAGGAUGGCCGAGUCCCUGCUGUGCUUUCCGUGCUGCAUAGGUGGCCAGCCGCAGCCGAAGCGUCGCCCCCGGCCGCGGCUCGACCCCAGCAUGAUCAGCCUCCCGACAGACUUCCGGCACACGGCGCAUGUAGGCAGCGGGGAUGUUAGCUCUUCUCCCAACGUCAGUCUCCAUUCCGUGCAGAACCAGAUGUCGUCCAAGGGGGAUUACUCCGACUACAUAGCCCCCGGCCACCUGCAGUUGUCUGUCAUAGAUCUACCCGCCCGUAGCCCGUCAUAGAGCCGGAGUCUUUUUGGGUUUUUCUCCUGACUGAAUGCAGGCUGGCUUUUGGUUCGUUUUUCUACCUAGGAGACUUUUUUUUCUCUACUCUCCCUGUCUGUGUUUGAUGACGCAGGCCUGCGAGAGGAAGGUGAACGAGAGAA